AUGGGAAAAGUCUCAAAGUCAACUAAGAAGUUUCAGACGAAACAUUUGAAGCAUACGCUUGACCACAGAAGAAAACAAAAACACCACAAUAAAAAGAUUCAGGGAAGACGCGGCAACAAGAGCGAAGAGGAAAAGAGAAAUGCUGCAUUAACCAAAGAGGAGCAGAAGCUUCGCGACUCAUCUAAGGAAGAAGUCUUCAAGGACAUGAGCGUCGAAGACUUCUUCGCAGGUGGUUUCGAUGUCCCUAAGAAUAAAGGCCCAAAGGCUGUGAAAGCGAAAGCACCAAAAGCUGAAAAUGACAGUGAAGAUUCUUCAAGCGAGGACGAGGACGGAAUGAGCGAGAACAUGGCCAACCUUGCAGACAAAGAUCCUGAAUUUUACAAGUAUUUACAAGAAAAUGAUAAGGACCUGCUUGAUUUCAAGCCUAGUAAUCCGCUAGAUAAUAUCAGCGAUGACGAAGGGGAGGACGAUGAAGAUGAAGAACAGACCACUGAGGCAGCCCCCGGAAAGCAGGAUAAGAGCAAUGAUACCGUUGAAGUCGAUCUUAAGCUGGUCCGGAAGUGGAAAAAAGACCUGAACUCUGCAUUCAGUGUUAAGCUGAUCAGGAACAUUGUAUCUUCAUUCAAGGCCGCCGUGAACGCGAAUAAAGAAGAGCUUGUUGACGAAUACAAAUACGCGGUGGUCGAUGAGAAAGCGUUUCAGGAACUUAUGUUCUUGGCUCUCAAGGACAUGCCUGCGGCAAUCCAAAAAGCGCAUCCUUACCAUGUCUCCAAGGGAGCCAGAACACUUUCAAAUAAUUCCAAUGUGAACAAAAUCGCGAGCGCGUUGAAGUCUCAUGCGGGUUCCAUGAUAACGCUGUUACAUGACAUCACCAACACUGAAACAGCGGCGCUUGUUUUGCAUUCCUUAGAUCAGGUUUUCCCCUAUUUCCUGUCUCACAGAAGAAUCUUGAAGGAAAUCAUCAAAAGCGUGGUUGAAAUUGGGGCCACCACGCGGGAUUUGGACACUCAAAUUACAGCCUUCGCAUUUUUAAACAACUCAUCAAGGGAAUUUAGAAAAUCGAUUCUAGACACUGUUCUGAGGACUACUUACUCAUCGUUUGUGAAAAGUUGUCGCAAAACCAACAUCCGCACAAUGCCACUUAUCAACUUCCAAAAGAACUCCUCCGCAGAAUUGUUUGGGAUUGACGAGGUUCUGGGGUACCAAGUUGGUUUUGAAUACAUAAGACAGUUGGCUAUCCACUUGAGAAAUAGCAUAAACGCUUCCACUAAACAAACGGCUAACUCAAACCCAGCAGAUGCUUACAAGAUUGUCUAUAACUGGCAGUUCUGUCAUUCUCUUGACUUCUGGUCCAGAGUUCUGUCUUCUCAAUGCCAUCCUGAUAAAGAGGGCGGUAAAGAGUCCCAGUUGAGACAGUUGAUAUACCCAUUGGUUCAAGUUACAAUCGGUGUGAUAAGACUGAUCCCUACUGCUCAGUUUUUCCCACUCAGGUUCUACUUAAUCAAAUCCUUAAUCAGAUUGUCUCAAAACACGGGCGUCUUCAUUCCCAUCUACCCUCUGCUUUCUGAGAUUUUAACAUCUACCGCCUUCACCAAGGUUCCUAAAAAAAAGUCUACUUUGCCUACCUUUGACUUUGAGCACAACAUCAAAUGCAACCAGGGCUACCUGGGGACAAAGGUUUAUCAAGACGGUUUGGGAGAAAAAUUUGUCGAGCUACUUUGUGAGUUCUAUGUUCUUUACUGCAAAAACGUCUCGUUCCCUGAGUUGGUGACACCUGCAGUUAUCGCACUACGCCGUUAUAUCAAAACUUCAAAGAACUUCAAGUUCAACAAGCAGGUGUCGAACGUUCUCGAAAAGCUGAAGCAAAACUCGGAAUUCAUUCUGAACAAAAGAUCAGAAAUCGACUUUGGCCCAACCAAUAGGUCCGAAGUUGCGCGCUUUUUGGCCGACCUGCCAUGGAACAAGACACCAUUAGGCUCAUAUGUCCAGGUUCAUCGCGAGGUCAAGGAGGAGAAGGCAAGGAUUUUGAGAGAGAGUUUAGCUGAGGAAGAAGAGAACCAUGUGAAGUCUACGUCCGAUGAUGAGGGUGCAAAUGCUCUUGAAGAAGACGAAGAAGACGAAGAAGAUGCAGAAAUGUCAGAUGCUUCCAGAGAGUGA